CCGUUUGUCGGCCCUUCGGGCCGCCGGAGCUCCACUACUAGUGCGAGGUCUGGAACCGAAAUUCGCCAAUAUUCUCGGCGGAUCAACGAUCGCUCACCGAGGGAUCGCCGAGGAUAAUAAUGUGACCCGAGUACUAAAAAAUUCAAACUGGCCUCCACAGAACACAAAACACGCACGAUAAAGGUAGGUUGAUCUUUUAUUCAUAUUCUAAACGGAUGUGAGGGCUCCCUGUGCAGGUAUGCCGGUUUUCGCGUAUUAAAGUGAAAGAAACUAGGUAAACGAUGCAUUUAUUAAUUCAAUCCUGUUUUCCCGUGGAGAGGUGUCCACCCACGAGACUUUUUCUCUGCCGUUGGUACUGCACAUAGUCUGAAAAUCAAUGCUUUACAUCCUGUCAUGGCUAGAUGGAAACUGAUAGUUCUGAUAGUCCUUGUCUUCUAUGUUAUACUUACUGCAGUUGACAAACAUUUUAAAUGCAACUUGCCCCAUGUUGUCACUUCACUGUGUUCAGCUUAUAAAGAAGGACAAGUGUCUGGACCACUUUGCUCCGAUCUUUGUGAACAGAACAACAUCCGUCUUGGAAAAUGUCUUUCAUCAGUAAUUGAAAAGAAGGUUUAUGAUGGAGCAUGGCAAGGAAGGGAAGUUAUUUUUAAAGUAAACGAGAGGUGGUUUAUGGAAUUUAAAGAACUCCAGAAAAAAACAGACAACGACCUUAUGUCAUCUUUUCAAAAUGAUGUUCUUUUCUGGGUGGAAACUAUGUUUGGCAAUUGUUCACAAUGCAGCACACUUGUGGAAAAGUUGACAUCAUAUGCUGAUAGCAAUCACAAUGAAAUUAUAACGGCAUCUGAGGCUAGAACAUUUGUUACACUAAUGUACCAACAAGAGGCUUUUAUGUUAAUGGCCUUAAAUGAAAGCAAACACUCUUUGGAUUUCUAUGGAUAUUGUGGUGGGUUAUAUGUAACUGAGAAGUUACCUUUAAUUGCUUCGAGUGUCUUUGGAGAGAAGUGGGAGUUCAGUGAAUUUUCAAUCUUGCCUGAUUUAUUUGAACCAGUGGAGGAGAUGUUAAGAAACUUUGGUAAAAAAAUCCUAGACGGUCCAUGUUCUAUACCGUAUGUUUAUAGCAUUUUAAAUGAAGCACUGACCCUUACAAAAAAUUUAAUUUUUAGUACUUUUUCCCAAGAGUACAUUCCAAGUCAAAGAGAAAAGUUUGAUUUUCUUUACUCUUUGCUGGAUUCUACACUGUCUGUGUCCAGUAAUCCUUAUGGUUUAGUGCAGUCUUGUGAUAUACACCUUGGAAAUUUUGGGAUCACUAAUGGUUCUGUGGUUAAAUUCAUUGACCUUGAUUUUAUGUACCCCUCUGUGUUUCUAAGAACUCUGCUAGAGCAAAAACAAUGUGCAUCUGAUGAAGACUGCUGGGUUGGCACUAUGGAGGAUUGUCAUUCAUCAUGUGACAUUACCACUAACACUUGUAGUUCAAUGGUACACAAACAGGAUUUAGUCAAUAUCUGUGAGACCCACAUUCUUUUUGUUUUUAGACAUUCCUCUAUCCUAUCUGAGCUAACAGGAAAUAGCACUACUGGCUUGAGAAAAGCUUUGGGAAAGCUUGUCGUGUUUUGCCAGACAUUGUCAGUUGCUUACUCAGCUGAACAAUUAAGGCAUGACAUCCUUACUGUUAAAGAAAAACUUAGAAUUGUGGAGCACAACUUCUCCAAGAUGUCCUGGGACAAGACACUGCAUGUGUGACAGGUCUAUUGAAGGAUAAACCUAGUAGCUUAGAAAUAUAGAACACAGAGAUUGCCAAUUUAUUUUUUUUUUAGAUUUUAAUGUGAGUGGGAAUACAUGGCAUUUGUGCUGUAAUGCAUUAACAGAUGAUGUUACAACUUUGGCAAAGUUUGUGAAAUGUCCCCUGAGGGGGUUCAGAGGGACCUGAAAUGUUCAAAACUUGAAGAUGACUCUGGACCUCCUCAAAAAGAAGUCUUGUGGAAACAUACUGAUCAUUAUUCAGUACAAAAUAAAAAAGUGGGUCCUGAAUGAAGCUUGUUUUUGAGUUCUUCACUUAAAACUAAAAUUAAGGGUGUUAUGACAGGUUAAACUGCUGCUAUGGUAGCCUAUUAUAUGAAAUAGAUAAUGCUUUUUUAUCUAAGUACAAGGGCAGGCGCGGUGGCCUCAUGGUUAGUGUGCUUGUCUCCGGAUCGAGUGGUCUGGGUUCAAGC